AUGCCAAAAUACGCAUUUAAGCCAAGCUGUAGUUUAUCUAAAAAAUCAAGAAUAAAAAGACAAAAUCUAAGUACCUCUACUGAAUGCAACAUUGUAUGUACUCCACUCACUAACCAAGAAGAACACCUAAGGCCCAUUAAUCUCGAAGUUCAUAACUCUUACAGAAUCACCACAGAAUCGCUUUCACAUGCUGACAAUGAACAUAUUUUAGAAAACGUGGAAUUAGCAUCGAUUGAAAAUUUUCCAAUCAAAACUUUCGGAGUACAUUAUUUCAUCAAGAACUCCAAGAAGAAGUGCCACAAAGUUAUUGAAAUUGCUCAAGUCUGUAAAUACAUUAGAUUGUUUGAAAAAUUAAGACUUUAUAAAUUUGUUAUAAUUGAGUUUCUCAAUGAAAGUUCGACCGAAGUUGUACCAAUAUCUUGGAUUAAAAUUGAUAAUACUCACCAUCAAUUCAUCUGUCAAUGGCCUGAAAAAGUAAAUAUUACAAAAUAUGCAUCAUCUCAAAAAAAACCAGUUGAUACUUGGGAGAGUUUUCCAUGUUGUCCUCGUAAAUUUUUCAAUACAUAUUCUGAAGCCAAACGCAGACUUAUCAAGUUUUGUGAAACUAGUAGUACUGAAACAGAAGAAUUAUUAACGUCUAAGCCAAGAGUUCGUGUUCCAAAACGCAAAUAUUCAUCUUCUGAAGAGGAGACUUCUGUCAUUAGUACUUUGAAUCAUCAAAAUUUGUCCAGAAAUGUUAAAGUCACUCAAAAAACUCACACUGAAAUCCAGAAAGGUUUAAUGAACAUUCCAAAACCAAAAAAACCGAUUGAUUUUUUUAAUAAUGAUGAUGAAAGCCUUCAACAAACUCCUAACAUUCUAAAACCAAAAAAACUGAUCGAUUUUUUUAAUGAUAAUGAUGAUGAAAACCUGCAGAUUAAUGUAACUGAAGAUUGUAUUGUAUCUAGUCCAGAAAUGUUUACAGAAAAAAACACUACAACAGACUACAGUCAAGGUCAUGAUGAACACAUUAUAAGUGUUUAUAACAUGUUGAACAACAUUGGUCAUGCUGUUAUGGAUGUUUCAAAGGAGCUUAAAACAUUAAAAAAAGAAAUCCAUGUUAUUAAAGUUGAUGUAAUCAAAAAUCAGGAAAUAUUAAAUAGUUUGGCUGAGAAUGUCCGUCGUACAGUGUCUUCUGUAGACACUAGACAAGCUAUAAACAGAGCAAGCUUAAAAAUUCCUGUUCAAACAAUUUCCGAAUUAAAUGAAAUUGAAGAAGAUGAGGACAAACUCAGCACAUUAGUUAACUAUUAUAGUUGAUUUUGUUAAAUAUUAUUAACUUUUCCACUAUUUGAUUAUUAUUAGGUCCGUAUUUUACAAAGAGAUGCCAGAUCAUUCGAUGCUAAACGAACCACUUACAUGGCCAUGAAACUCAUUAUGCAGAAUCGAGUUGCUGAGUUUUUGAAUAUGGAGGGAAGGCGAGGAGAAAAAACAGCAUUUGUCAAAUUCAAAAUAUAUACUUGUGUUAUAGAUUGCGUCAAAGAUAUUUUUCCAACAGUUUCACUAAUUGAAAUAAAGGGCCAUAUUAGUGAUUGGUUGAAACAAGCUCCAAGAAGGAAAUAAAUUUAUA